AUGAAGAUGCGGGUCUCUAAGCGUUCCCUAUUCGUUUGCUGCAUCAGUGGUGUCUCUCUUGUUGCCGCUCUUCCUUCGUCACUGGGCGUUACUUUCACUGGCGUCAGAUCUGUCAGCGAGCGACAGGCACCCAAGCCGGAGAUUAUUCAGCGCCAGCCUGCUGCUGCACAGGUCUCAGCUCCCCCUCCCAACGCGCAAGUCCCUCCGUCCGAAAGCGCCGCGUUAGUCGACGGUCAAGCAGUUACAAAGCGUUCUGCCUCGAAGAGACAGGAUGAUUCUCAAUCGGGACAGUUUGGUGUUGUUCCAGUGACACAGGACCCAGGCGCUCAGGCCCCGCUCCCUCCCACCAACUUGGGUCCUGGAAGUACAUCUCAAGGGCUCAUUGGGGCUGUCAUUGCUAUCAUGUUUCUUACAGCCGAUGCUAUUGACAGAUCCAAAUCGUUCAAAGAACGAACCCAGAUGGCUUUGCUGGAUUGGUACAACUAUGAUUGCAUGUACCUCGAGGCCCCAAAUCAGUUCUUCACUGACAGCGACGGGGGCUCAAUCAACCGCCUUGUCCGCAGCCUGCCGCUGUAUUGCGUGAUGAUCGACGCCGGCCAAGUCCAGCUGCAUCUGCUAUGCAGCGCGACCAGCCGUACGACGGGCAACCACUUUGCUGCCCCCUGUAGAGAAGACCAGUUCAAGUCAGCCCUGCGUUCCGUCAGGCACCGGAGCGUACUGACCCGGGGUGACUUGGCUCCGUGA